AUGAUUGAAUCUAGUUUAGCACUAACAUGCUACGAUUGCUUGAAUUGUCCGUAUCCAUGGUCAAGUUAUGGCAUCCAAACCUAUGGGUCGACACUCGGCGUGUUUUCGCGUGUGAGAUCUUGCUAUAAAAAAGAGUUUUAUAACGUAAUUGAUCGACGAUUAGAUCGCGUUGUACGCGGUGCACUUGACCGCGAAUGCUACUCCGGAAAAACUGAAACAGCUAACGAAAGAUCGGUGACAUUGUUUCAUCCCUGGCUGAAGUAUGAAAACACGUUCAACAUCAAACCAUGUAGUCGACACUUUGAUCUUCAUAAGAAGGAUAUCAUUAAGAGUAAAACAUCCUGA